UUUUUUCACUUUUAAAUUACUAGAUUCCCUCUGGAGGAAGACUCACCAGGCUGCAGCAGCUAGCUGUGAGAAGCCUGAAGGAAGGGUCAGAACAGGGAUAGGAAGAUGUGGGAGGGUGGACAUUAAGACCCAGGGGUGCACCAAAUUUUCGGGUGCCCUACCCAGCUGCCUCUGCUGCGUAUGUCUAAGGAUGGCCCUGUGUGUGUGCACGCCUGCGUGUCUGUGUGUGUGAGAGACACACACCAUGUGUGUGUCAGAGAGAGAGAGACGCGCAUUUCCUCUUUAACUACGCUGACCCCACUCUAAGUACACUGCCUUUUUAAUUAGCUCAGCAAGUUUGAGACAGCAGCUGCUGCCGGGAAGCUCCCUCCUUUCUGAGCCCUGUGGUGUGGUGUGGUGAGCCCUGAGCGCCCCUCUCUGUGGAGAUAAGUUGAUUGAUGCUGCAUGAUCCCAACCACUCCAGACUGAAGGGAGUGAAGAGUAGCACGUGCAUGCGCCGUCCGGAGAAGGGUGUGGUGCGCUCCAGCAGGCCGGGAUAGCGUGGGUUCAUCAUCACCUUCAGUUUCUGCAGGGAAGUGUUUGCAGCCACUGUCGUGAGUCUGUUGUGUCUCCUCCCUCCUGCGUCCAUCUGUGCUGCCUUGUAGAGCUUGAGGCUACAUUGACAACACUGUGUUAACUCUUGAGGGUUCAGCCCAGUGCUAGUUCAUCAUUUAGCAGCAAGGGAUUCCCUGGGAAAUAUCCCACCUGAUCUCAACACUUUGCUUUAGGAGAAGUUCAUGAGCAGAUCCGCAGAGAAUCCUCUGAUUAGUGACUGCAAGGAGAUAUGGGGAAAGGGGAGCUGCUGCUAAAGUGAGUGAGCAAGAAACAGAAGGAACUCAAGGAGCUGACAUAGGACAUUGUUCCAGUGACCCUGUGCAAGUCUGUUUUAAAUGUAAUGGUGGAGGGCUCGUUGUAAUUGUACUGUAGAGUAUCACCCAGCAUCAUGAGUCAAAAACGCCAAGCAAGUCAUAGUGGAGUACCUAGUGGUAGCAGUAGUACUAGCAGUAAGAAAACCAGGAAAACCAUUAGUUUGGGUACUAAAUUAGACGUUUUAAGGCAUUUUGAUGCAGGUGAGCGUGCGGUAGACAUUGGCAUCACCCUAGGUCUUACUCCGACCACUGUGAGAACAAUUCGGAGUAAUGCCGACAAGAUCAGGGCUAGUGCUCGGUGUGUAACACCGCUUAGUGCUACUAAAAUAAGUCGAUCAAGAAGUAGUUUGAUGGAAAACAUGGAGCGUCUUCUCUCAGUGUGGAUAGAGGACCAAAACCAGCGGAACAUACCUCUAAGUUUGCCUGUGAUACAAGCUAAGGCAAAAAGUUUGUAUGACAAAUUAAAGAGAGACCAAGGUGAAGGAUCACAGACAGAGAUGUUCAUGGCAAGUCGGGGAUGGUUUGAUCGGUUCAAGAAGCGCUUCCACCUGCACAACAUGAAGAUGUCCAGUGAGGUGGCUAGUGCCGAUCCUGCAGCAGCUAAAAAAUUCCCCGACUAUCUCAAGAAAAUAAUUGAGGAAUGUGGCUAUUCACCAAAGCAAGUCUUCAAUGUCAAUGAAACGAGCCUCUACUGGAAGAUGAUGCCUGAACGGACGUGCAUUUCCCGAGAGGAGAAGACAGCGCCUGGAUUUAAAGCAGUAAAAGACCGCCUAACUUUGCUUUUAGGUGGUAAUGCUGCCGGAGACAUGAAGAUGAAACCACUGACUGUGUACCAAUUCGAAACACCACGAGCUCUCAAGGGACUUUCAAAGGAACACCUUCCGGUCAUUUGGAGAUCCAAUAAGAAGGCAUGGAUAACUGGAGCUAUUUUUUCAGAAUGGCUGACUCUUUAUGCCAUCCCUGCAUGGAAGGAAUAUUGUGCCAAGGAAAAUCUUGAUUUCAAGAUUUUAUUACUUAUUGAUGAUGUACCAGCUCAUCCAAUCAACUUGGACGACCUUUGCGAAAACGUCAAAGUUGUCUUUCUGCCACCGAACACCACAUCACUCAUCCAACCCAUGGACCAAGGAGCCAUUGCUGCCUUUAAGGCAUAUUACUUACGCCGUACUUUCAACCAGCUCAUCAGAGGCACUGAUGGAGAAGGCAAGCCUACAAUUCGGCAAUUUUGGCGUGACUACAACAUCCUCAAGUGCAUCAAUAACAUCGGUGAGUCCUGGGCUGAAGUUACUCAGGCAUGCAUGAACGGUGUGUGGUGGAAGUUGUGGCCUGAAUGUGUCAAUGAUUUAAAAGGAUUUAAAGAUGUUGUUCCCACUAUGAAGAAAGAUAUUCUCGGCUUGGCCAAGAAAGCGGGUUUUGAUAAGGUGGAAGAAGCCGACGUUACACAACUUCUGCAGUCACACGGAGAAGAGCUAACCAAUGAAGAUCUGAUGCAACUAGACAUGAUGAGAGCAGUGGAAGACGAGGGCCAAGAAGUAAAAGAAGAACCAACCCAUCGAAAUUUGACUGCCAAACGGCUUUCUGAAGCUUUCCAAAUGAUUGAAGCUGGCUUACAAAUCCUUAGUGAUGACGAUCCUGACAGGGAACGCAGCUCCAAAGUUAUUAGGGGAGUUGGUCAUCUAAUGACUUGCUAUAAAGAAAUUUACCAAGAAAAAAAAAGGAAAGCAAAACAACCAUCUCUAGAUAUGUUUUUUCGAGUUGUGACGGUUAAGGAAGAACAGCAAGAGGAGCAGCCGGACAAUCCACCCUCUUCCACCUCUGACUUUACCACCUCAGCUGAGCUUAACAAUCAUCAUUGCUGAGUACAGUAUUAAAUUGUUUGUUUAAAAUUUAUGCCUGCAUUAAAUUGUUUGUUUAAAAUUUUUUAAAACUUACACGGUAUAUGUAUAUAAUGUCUUUUGUCUGGCAAAACAAAUUUCUCUGGAACCUAACCCCUCCAUUUACAUUAAUUUUUAUGGGGAAAUUGGAUUCACUUAGAUCAUAGAUCAUAGAAUAUCAGGGUUGGAAGGGACCUCAGGAGGUCAUCUAGUCCAACCCCCUGCUCAAAGCAGGACCAAUCCCCAAUUUUUGCCCCAGAUCCCAAAUGGCCCCCUGAAGGAUUGAACUCACAACCCUGGGUUUAGCAGGCCAAUGCUCAAACCACUGAGCUAUCCCUACGUCACAUUUUUCAAGAACAUAACUCCAACGUUAAGCAAGGAGUUACUGUAUAAUCAUAUGAUUACCAUCCCCACCUUGUUAAUUGGAUUCCAUGCUAUUGGCUUUGGGCAUAUAAACAGUGCCAUGCCCUUUUUGUGAUGCUGAUCACCCUGUUAAUUUUUUGUGGGUUUAAGAUUUGGUUUUGGAGAUUCCAUCCAGUUUGUUUCCUUUGAUCUAAUUAAUGUAUAAAAUAAGCCUAUUUAAAACUCAUUAUUAUUAUUGAAUUGUUUCAUUUUACAGCAUCCAAUAACAUAUUAGGUGCCUCACAAUACAGAGGAGACAUGGUUCCUGACCGGAAGAGUUUAGAAUCUAAUACAAGAGUUUACAGUCCCUCAGGACUCAUUCUUCCAAGACUGAGAGAAGGUGUCUUUAACUAGACUGCAUAAGAAUAUUACUCCUAUACACAUUUUACACCUGCUGUGUUAUAACCCCUUCAUACUAUGGUAUGUCCCCAAAGUACCUGCUGUGUUAUAAUCCUUACAGGCUAGUGAAAAGGGACCUCAACAAUAAGCAGUUUUUAGGUUUUGAGGGUGCCACAACAUUGUCAAAAGUGUUAAAACAGAAACUGGUAACCUCAAAAACUGUGAUGUCGUCAACGUCCUGUAGCACCAAGGUUCCUACAAUGCAGAUGGUGUGAAUCACAGAAUCGAAGGACUGGAAGGGACCCCGAAAAGUCAUCUAGUCCGGUCCCCUGCACUCAAGGCAAGGCUAAGUAUUAUCUAGUUCAUCCCUGCCUGGUGUUUGUCUAACCUGCUCUUAAAAAUCUCCAGUGAUGGAAAUUCCACAGUCUCCCUUGGCAAUUUAUUCCAGUGCUUAUACCUUGAUAGUUGGAGAGUUUUCCCUAAUGUCCAGCCUAAACCUCCCUUGCUGCAAUUUAAUCCCAUUGCUUCUUGUUCUAUCCUCAGAGGUUAAGGGGAACAAUUUUUCUCCCUCUUCUUUGUAACAACCUUUUAUGUAUUUGAAAACUGUUAUGUCCCCUCUCAGUCAGGGGUUCUCAACCUUUUUCUUUCUGAGCCUCCCCCGUCCAACAUGCUAUAAAAACUCCAUGGCCCAGAUGUGCCACAACAGCUGUUUUUGUGCAUAUAAAAGCCAGGGCUUACGUAGGGACAGGGUCUCAAACUCAAAUGACCACAAGGGCCACAUGAGGACUAGUGCAUUGGCCCGAGGGCCAUAUCACUGACACCCCCCUUGCGCUGCCCCCGGCCCAGCCCCCCUUCCAUGAGGCCCCACCCUUGCCCCACCUCUUCCCACCCCUUCCCUGCCCUCGUUCCAAUCCCUUCCCUGAAGUCCCCACCCCAACUCCGCCCCC